GUCCACCGCGAGCGCAUACCGACUUUACGCGACUCGCAUUUACACAGUUUUGUAUCGACCGCGCUAUAGCAAAUGGGAAACUUUUACUUUCACGCGGCCCAUUGAAACUUUUCAUAUUUAGCCUGCCAGUGUGCGUGUUUGUGACUAUUAUGCGUUAGUGUUAUAAUGUACAAUAUUGUUUUAGUUGAAAGAGACAAUUACAAAAUGUUUCUGUGUGUAUGCUUUGUUAUUUGGAGCGGUGCCCUCGUGCCGGCUUUGGCCCAAGGCGACAGACGGUGUGGCCACCCAGCUGUGCCGCCGAAUGCAAAGGUUUCUUUGGCUUCAGACACUGACAUAGUACCGGGAACAGUGGCCACCUAUGAAUGCGAUGACGGCUACGAGCUUUUCGGUGCACAUCAAAGAGAAUGUACAUUAAGGGGUGACUGGACUUCCGAACCGCCAUUUUGUGGAACCAACGUUGCCUUCAGAAAACCAGCAAAUCAAUCAACCACUGUACGUGGUGGAAGCGCUAGCAACGGCAAUGAUGGUGAAAAGACCACCGAACAUGACGGCAAAAGAUGCACAGAAACACAAAGAGAGGCUUCACCCUGGUGGCAGGUCGACCUGCUACGUCACUACGCCGUCAAAGUGGUUAGAGUCACUACUAGGGGCUGUUGCGGUCACCAACCGCUUCAAGAUCUGGAGAUCAGAGUAGGCAACAGCAGCAGUGAUUUACAAAGAAACCCACUAUGUGCUUGGUUUCCUGGCACCAUUGACGAAGGUAUAACGAAGACGUUCACUUGCGCCCGCCCCCUCAUAGGUCAGCACGUUUUCCUCCAGCUGGUUGGAGUAGAGAGCUCCCUUUCUUUAUGUGAAGUAGAAGUAUUCACCACAGAAGAGUUCUCAAACGAUCGAUGCGCCCCGAUUGGAGCCUCAGCAGAUAUUGAGUUGGCCGCUUUUUCUCGAAACUGUUACGAAUUUAAUGGAGCUAAGGGAGCAUCUUUUGAGGAAGCGAGAAAACAAUGUCAGGAACACGGAGGAGACUUAAUACAUGGGUUUCAGGGCGCUACGUCAAGUUACCUUAUUCAGGAGUUAGAAAGGCGCAGGCCAAAUUUAAAGACUCUGUUGGUCUGGAUCGGAGCUCAAAAGGAACCUGGUCUUACUUCCAGAACUUGGAAAUGGGUUGACGGAGAAACUGUUACAAAGCCAACGUGGGGAAAGGACCAGCCGAAUAAUUAUAACGGCGAACAAAACUGCGUGGUGCUUGAUGGUGGGCGCUCCUGGCUGUGGAACGACGUCGGCUGCAACCUGGACUACCUACACUGGAUCUGCCAGUACCUGCCCCCUACUUGUGGAAGUCCAGAUAAGCUGUUGAACACGACUAUUGAAGAUAAUGACUACCAUGUAGGGUCUUCGAUAAGGUAUAAAUGUCCACAAGGUCACAUGCUGAUUGGAGAUAAAACUAGAGAAUGCAAAAAAGAUGGAUUCUGGUCUGGAGCAGCACCAAGUUGUAAAUACAUUAACUGCGGUGGAUUGACUCCAAUUCAAGAUGGUAGCGUCGAUUUAGUGGAUGGGCACACCACUUACGGAGCGAAAGCUAUUUAUUCAUGUAAAGAGAAUUACACGCUAGUGGGUAACGCUGAACGAAUGUGUAAGGAUCAAGGAAUUUGGGACGGAGAGGCACCCAAGUGUCUGUUUGACUGGUGUCCGGAGCCACCACCAGUCUCAGGAGCUACGGUCACCACUAGUGGUCACAAAGCAGGAUCGUUGGCCACCUACACUUGCCAGAAUGGAUUUAUACUUUUUGGUUCACCAAGUAUCACUUGUAAUCUCGGUGGAACAUGGGGCGGCACCCCACCUUCAUGUAAAUAUGUAGACUGCGGCACUCCAGCACAAGUCCAUAAAGGGUCCUUCAGACUAUUGAACGGCACGACUACGUACGGCUCGAUAGCCCAAUUCACCUGCGAACCCGAUUACUGGUUGGCGGGAGCUGAAGUACUCACAUGCUAUCGUGAUGGCAAAUGGUCACAUGAUAUACCUUCCUGUGAAUUGAUAAGUUGUUCGGACCCGGAGGUGCCGACUGGUGGCUAUAUGGAAGCAUACGAUUACAACGUCCACUCAACCAUUGACUUUCAUUGUGAGAAGGGACAUAAACUCAUUGGUGAACCAAGUCUCACGUGUCAGCCUGACGGAGAGUGGUCAGGAGAAUCGCCUAAGUGUGAAUAUGUGGACUGCGGUAAAUUGCCACCUCUGCCUUACGGUUCGGCGGAACUUUUAAAUGGUACUACGCAUUUAGGAAGUAUCAUCCAAUACUCAUGUACUACCAACUACAGACUGGUCGGACCAGUAAGAAGGAUAUGUACUGAAGAUUUCCAAUGGAGUGAUUCAUCACCAAGAUGUGAAGAAAUAAGAUGUCCAGAGCCAAUCGUAGCGGAAAACAGCAUCGUGUCCGUAACUGGUAACGAUCGCAUGCACGGACGCACGCUCAUUCGUACACGAUCAAGCACUCAGGGCAACACGUACAGAAUCGGUGCCUUGGUAAAAUACCGCUGUGAGCGUGGGUACAAGGUGGUGGGCGAAAGUCUAUCAACUUGUGAAGAUAAUGGACAAUGGAGUGGUGUCAGACCUAAAUGUCAAUACGUUGACUGUGGAAAUCCGGGUCGCAUACAAAAUGGCAAAGUCACAUUGGCUACAAACGCGACGUACUAUGGGGCAGCAGCCUUGUACGAAUGCGACGAACAUUGGCAACUAGAUGGUGUCUCAAGGCGAUUGUGUCAAGAUAACGAAACCUGGAGUUCUGAAGCACCUGUAUGUAAAGAAAUAACCUGUGUGGAUCCUUCAAUCCAAAUAAAGGGCAGUAUUGGUUUAUUGGUUGUGACGUCAACUCUCAGCAUUGGAGGCGAAGCGCACUACCGCUGUGAACGGGGAUACAGCCUAAAAGGAAAUGAAACUAGAACUUGUCUACCGAAAGGACAGUGGGCCGGAGCACCUCCUGUUUGCAUACCGAUAGACUGCAAGUCACCCGGCACUGUAGACAACGGCAGAGUGAUUAUUUCAAAUAGUUCGACAAUCUUCGGCAGCUCUAUAGAGUAUCAUUGCUUACCGCAAUAUCAGCGAGUUGGACCAUUCCUUCGCAAAUGUUUAGACGAUGGCAAAUGGUCAGGAGAAGAACCCAAGUGCGAAUUGAUCACGAACGAAGCUGCUGAAAAUGGCGCUCUACCACUCAGUGUUGGAGUUGGUUGCGGUAUCGUUCUAUUUUUGCUUAUGUUGCUCGGAGUCAUCUAUUUAAGACUACGUAAAGCAACGCCAGUCAAGAACACUGAAAAUAUAGAAGGAGCUGAACGGAAAGAAGACCAAAACGCAGCCGUAAUGAGCUACGCAACCCUCCACGAUACUAACGGACGGCAUAUUUACGACCACGUAACGGACAAUCUGUACGAUUCACCGUACGGCGAGAGUUUGGCCGAGAACUCCGCGUACGGUAGACGCAGUGACACCGAAUCCGCAUACGAACCAGAACCCACCGGCCCCAACGCUGUAGUCACCAUCAAUGGAGUGGCCGUUCGUUGAAUAUUUCCUAACAUAAGAUGCUCGCGAUUGCCUUAUAGAAUAUAGUUGAAGUAAAGGACGUGAUCCAGAUUCAGUAAGAUGUUAUUAGUUUUAUUAUGUUAGAUUAUUGGUGAACACAUUUUCAUAUAACAUUAUUUAAUCCACCCCUACCAUAAGCGGUCCGAUAUCUCGAGUGCCCGGAUAAGAAUCAAAACUGUAAUAUGGGCUUAAAAAUAUUUUAAAUCCUAUUAAGACUGCUUGAAGGGCUGAGGUUUACUGGUGGAAAGAUGGUUAUCUAUAUGUAAAUAAAUGUUUAACUUCUGAAAACUUUGAGACAUCCAUAAUAUUUCAGGGGUCAAUCAGCUAGUAUUACACAUCGAAAUAUAUUUUGAUAUUAAUAUCUGUUGUAGGUAACUACUAACCCGGACUAUUCUGUCUUGUUAUUUGAUACAAGAACUCUAAAACCGUAAUACUUUUAAUUAUGUAUAACUCCUUUAUAAACGUUUUAAUAUCUUUAUAACUAAAAUGAAUUAUACCUUAGUAAAAAUACCGAUUGAAAGUGUUUAACAAUAGUGAUCACCAACCCUUACUAGAUAUUAACCAAAGAUGUAAAAAGAGUUGAAAUUUAUAUGGAAUAUUUAUAUUUAUGGUAGAUUACGAUUGCUAUACAGUUCUCAUACAUUUUUUCGUGAGAACUCUAAGGUUGGUUUCGCUCAAACCUAACACACCUUCUUGUAUAUUUCAUUCAUAAUUAAUGUUUUGUAAACAUCGGUACUUUUAACUAUAAUAAAUUCUAAAUUAAAUCUGACGAUGGAUAUAAAUAUCUUGGAAUAGAAAUAAAACAAGUAUAAUGUCUGUAAUGUUUAUUUUUCAACUUGUAUUGUUUCUUAAAUUACAUUACUUUAUAAAGAAACCAUUGUUUGAACUACGUGACAAUUAAAUUAUCAAAUCCAUUUAAAAUUUAUAGAUGAAACACUAUAAAAAAAUUUAAUCAUUGUUUAUUACAAAAUAAAAUAAUUAUUUUGAAAGACAAUUAUAAUGUAACAACAUCACUAUAUAAUUCAUAAUUUAAGAAGUUCUCAUACUCAACGAACAUUAACAAAAAAAAAUAAUUGUGAUAUAAUGUUGUAGUAUAAAAGUCUCAGUUAAGCAUAGGACAGAUUAUAAAAUCUUUGUAAUAUUCGAAAAUAAUAUCGGUAUACAUUAUAUAAAACGAAUAGGAGUAAACUAGACGUUGGCAAUAUUUUUCUUAUUAUUAUUCAAUACCUUGUCACAUUAGAAUUUAGAAAUAUGAAUCGCACCACAAGAAAUUUGCAUUAUUUUAAAAAUGUGAUCUUAAUGUAAGCUUCCUAUGUUCGGCAAAGUUUAUAAGAGUCGGUGUUUGUUGUAUUUUUGUAUAAAUAGGUAAUAAUAUAUAUACUUUUUACUUUAGUUCAUCUAAGUGUUCGUUAAUAAAUGUAUUUAAUGUAUUUUAUUAUGAAAA